UUGUAACUCCAGAAGCAAUGCCUGUACAAGCUCCACAAUGGACGGAUUUCCUUUCCUGCCCAAUUUGCACUCAGACUUUCGACGAAACAAUUCGAAAGCCCAUCAGUUUGGGCUGUGGCCAUACUGUCUGCAAAAUGUGCCUGAAUAAACUCCAUCGUAAGGCUUGCCCAUUUGACCAGACCACUAUCAAUACGGACAUUGAGCUCCUUCCUGUGAACUCAGCAUUACUGCAGCUAGUGGGUGCUCAGAUCCCUGAGCAACAACCCAUUACUUUGUGUAGUGGGGUUGAAGAUACAAAGCAUUAUGAGGAAGCCAAGAAAUGUGUAGAAGAAUUAGCAUUGUACCUGAAACCACUCAGCAGUGCGAGAGGAGUGGGCCUGAAUAGCACUACUCAGAGUGUUCUGAGUCGCCCAAUGCAGAGAAAACUUGUAACUCUGGUCCAUUGCCAGCUAGUGGAAGAAGAAGGCAGGAUCCGUGCUAUGAGGGCUGCUCGAUCUUUAGGUGAACGCACAGUUACAGAGCUCAUUCUCCAGCACCAGAAUCCUCAGCAACUCUCUUCUAACCUCUGGGCAGCAGUCAGAGCUCGGGGCUGCCAGUUCCUUGGACCAGCGAUGCAGGAGGAAGCUCUGAAGCUGGUCUUGCUGGCCUUGGAAGAUGGUUCUGCAUUAUCACGGAAAGUGUUGGUUCUCUUUGUGGUACAAAGACUGGAGCCACGUUUUCCUCAAGCCUCUAAAACCAGCAUUGGACAUGUUGUUCAGCUCCUCUACAGAGCCUCCUGCUUCAAGGUCACCAAACGUGAUGAAGACUCUUCUUUGAUGCAGCUGAAAGAAGAAUUUAGGACUUAUGAAGCUCUGAGGCGAGAACAUGACUCCCAGAUAGUGCAAAUUGCUAUGGAAGCUGGCUUAAGGAUUGCACCAGACCAGUGGUCCUCUCUGCUCUAUGGGGACCAGUCUCAUAAAUCUCAUAUGCAGUCUAUUAUUGACAAGUUGCAGACCCCUGCCUCUUUUGCACAGAGUGUUCAGGAACUAACAAUUGCUCUCCAGCGGACUGGAGAUCCAGCGAAUUUGAACCGACUAAGACCCCAUUUGGAGCUACUAGCAAACAUUGACCCUAGUCCAGAUGCUCCUCCUCCAACAUGGGAACAGCUAGAAAAUGGACUGGUUGCUGUACGUACAGUAGUCCAUGGACUGGUUGAUUAUAUCCAGAACCACAGCAAAAAAGGAGCAGAUCAACAACAGCCUCCACAGCAUAGCAAAUACAAAACAUACAUGUGUCGAGAUAUGAAGCAAAGGGGAGGAUGCCCUCGUGGGGCCAGCUGUACGUUUGCACAUUCGCAGGAAGAACUGGAAAAAUUUCGUAAAAUGAACAAACGUCUGGUUCCCAGAAGACCUUUGAGUGCCUCUUUGGGUCAACUUAAUGAGGUGGGCCUGCCUUCAGCACCCAUACUUCCCGAUGAAAGCACAGUGGAUUUGCCCAGCAGAAAACCUCCUGCACUCCCAAAUGGAAUUGUAUCGGCAGGGAACACAGUGACACAGCUGAUUCCUCGUGGGACAGACCCCAGCUUUGAUUCCACUCUGAAACCAGUAAAGCUAGACCACCUGAGCAGCAGUGCUCCAGGGUCCCCUCCAGACCUGCUGGAAUCUGCCCCUAAGAGUAUUUCUGCCUUACCUGUGAAUCCACAUCCUGUACCUCCAAGGGGGCCAACAGAUCUGCCUCCCAUGCCUGUCCCCAAACCAAUUCAGAUGGUGCCUCGAGGUUCUCAGCUAUAUCCAGCACAGCAGGCAGACGUUUACUACCAGGAUCCCCGAGGAAGUGCCCCAGCUUUUGAGACAGCACCUUAUCAGCAGGGUGUGUACUAUACCCAGCCAACAUGUGUGUCCCGCUUUGUCCGACCUCCACCGUCUGCUCCUGAAUCUGCUCCUCCCUACUUGGAUCAUUACUCACCCUACCUCCAAGAUCGUGUCAUAAACUCUCAGUAUGGCACACAGCCACAACAGUACCCACCUAUGUAUCCACCUCACUAUGAUGGCCGCCGCGUAUACCCUGCUCAGUCUUAUACAAGAGAGGAGCUGUUCCGGGAAAGCCCUAUACCCAUUGACAUUCCAUCUGCAGCAGUGCCGUCCUAUGUACCUGAGUCCAGAGAACGAUACCAACAGGUGGAGGGCUACUACCCAGUGGCUCCUCAUCCAGCUCAGAUCAGACCUUCAUACCCCAGGGAUCCUCCUUAUAGUCGACUUCCUCCUCCUCAACCCCAUCCUAGUCUGGAUGAGCUACAUAGAAGGCGGAAGGAAAUAAUGGCCCAACUAGAAGAAAGAAAGGUUAUCUCUCCGCCUCCUUUUGCACCUUCACCAACAUUGCCUCCUGCGUUCCAUCAAGAGGAAUUUUUGGAUGAAGACUUGAAGGUAGCCGGAAAAUACAAAGCAAAUGAUUAUAGCCAAUAUUCUCCUUGGUCAUGUGAUACCAUCGGCUCCUACAUUGGAACCAAAGAUGCAAAACCCAAAGAUGUUGUGGCAGCAGGGAGUGUGGAAAUGAUGAAUGUAGAAAGUAAAGGAAUGAGAGACCAGAGGUUGGAUCUUCAGAGAAGAGCAGUGGAAACUAGUGAUGAUGACCUUAUCCCAUUUGGAGACCGACCAACGGUAUCUCGAUUUGGUGCCAUCUCUCGAACAUCCAAAACACUGUAUCAGGGUGCUGGCCCAAUGCAAGCUAUGGCACCUCAGGGAGCACCCACAAAAUCUAUUAACAUUUCUGAUUACAGUGCAUAUGGAGCUCAUGGUGGCUGGGGAGACUCUCCAUACUCGCCUCAUCCAAACCUACCUCCUCAGGGACACCUCAUAGAGAGGGAGAAAAUGUGCAUGGCAGAAGUGGCCAGUCAUGGAAAACCCCUUCUGUCUGCUGAAAGAGAACAAUUACGGCUAGAAUUGCAGCAACUGAACCAUCAGAUCAGCCAGCAGACCCAGCUACGUGGACUAGAGGCUGUUAGUAACCGGCUGGUGUUACAGAGGGAGGUGAACACCCUGGCAAGCCAGCCACAGCCCCCUCCGCUGCCUCCAAAAUGGCCUGGAAUGAUCUCAAGUGAGCAGCUAAGCUUGGAACUGCAUCAGGUGGAAAGGGAAAUUGGGAAGAGGACCCGGGAAUUGAGUAUGGAGAACCAGUGUUCUGUAGACAUGAAAAGCAAACUGGGUACAAGUAAACAGGCAGAGAAUGGACAGCCAGAGCCACAAAACAAGGUCCCUACUGAGGACCUUACGUUGACAUUCAGUGAUGUACCAAAUGGAUCAGCCUUGACACAAGAGAAUCUCAGCCUCCUGUCAAACAAGACCAGCUCUUUGCACCUGUCAGAGGACCCUGAGGGAGGAGGAGAUGACAGCGACUCCCAGAGAUCAGGAGUGGUUUCCAGUUCUGCUCCCUAGAAUAUGGGCGCCUGCUUCUACCUUCUGCUCCUAAUCAGUUGGUGGGGCACAGGGAUAGAAAAAUGGAUAACGUCUAACCUUUUUCUCUGAGUGGUCAGUGAGGUCCAGGGAAAGCACCGGAGGCAAUGUGCACCAACACCACUACUAAGCAAACCUGCACAUAGUUCACAUUGACGCAUUUUUUUAAUUUUAAGAAAAAGAAAAUUAGCAGUAUCUGCAAGCAAUUCAGAUUAAAUUUGUUUUUGUUCUGUGAAUGAACUUUAUUUUAAUAACUUUGGACGCCUUGGAUCCGGGGCUUUAAAACAAAAGAAGAUAUUAUAUAUACACUCUGUUUGAUUAAUUGUAUGAUCUUAAUGAAGUAGGUUUUUCUUGUAUUUUGGUAUUAUUACAUACCCAGUGUAUAAUUCCUUUUUCCCAGUCCUUUCCAAUUCUCACAACCCUGUAAAUCAAAAUAGGCAAAAUGUACCAUUUCCAAGAAUUCUGUGGUAAUAGAUUGGAUUAUUAGAAACUGUGCAGCAAACUAAUUUUCCUAGAGCUAUUCUUUAACCCACCCCACAGCAGCCCUGUCCUGGGUCACUAGCUUUGUGGGUAGAUACUUGUUUUUUACAACAUUAAAACUUUAUUUGAGUAGGGUAAGGUUUUAGUUUCAACUUUUCAGAGAUAUCAACAUGCAGUUGAUUGUUUGGGCCACACAUUUUCAUGGUAAGGAUUCCUUGCAUUCUUGCGUUAAGAUCUGAAAGCCUAUUUAGUGUUUACAAUGUUUAGUUUUAAGUGAAGAUUAUUUUAUUUUAAGAAUGAACUCUAAAUUGGACAUAAUGGCUCAUUCCUGUAUUCCCCGGACUCAAGACGUUGAGGCAAGAGGAAACUGGAAUAAGAAAAAAACAAAGGAGCUUCAACUUGUUAAUAGUGCAAAUACCUGAUUCCUAGUCUAUGUUGAGCUCAUAUUGGAAAACUGAAGCUGUGCUUACAAAUUAAACUUCUCUUGAAACCCUAGAAUGGGAGAACCAGGACAAUGAACCAUAUUCUAAAACUUGGAGAUGGCUCAGCAGAAAAGCACUAGCUACUCUCCCAGGUUCUUCCCAGCACUGGCAAGGUGGCUCACAAUUGCUGGGAACUCCACUUCUAAGGGAACGGAUACUCUUUUCUGGCCCUUGUGGACACCAGACACAUAUGGCAAAACACACAUGAAGAAAACUUUUAAAAUAAAACUUAACACUUGAUUUGAACUUGAGUAAACAAGGGCACAUUAUUUCAAUGGAAUUUUUCUUUUCUUUUCAAAAGCUCAGGUUUGGCAGAUAGACACUGAGUCUUCAGGGCAGUUCAUGCACUGAUCACUGUCAGUACUCAGAACUAUCAGCAUAACUGAGUAACGAAGUGGGUUUUAUAGAUGUGGCUUUCUGACAUUAAAGACAUUUAUGAAAAUGUUGAAGAGUGAGGAAGAAUUUUUAUUUAGUUCUGCUGCACAUAUUCUAAUGCUACCACUGUAUGCUUAAUUUACAAAGCCCCUAUAAAAUGAAUUCAGCGGGGCACCAUUUCGUAGAAUCACUCCAUCCCUCUGAUUUACUGAUGUCAGUUUCCCUUUCUCGAUGAUUCUACUAAACAAGAAAGCACUGGUUAUGUAAUAAGUUACUGCAUUGCUUUGGUUGGGUAAAGCAAAAGUUUAUAUUUUUCUUAUUUCUCAUAUUCUUAACCCUUAACUCUUGCUGAGGUCAGAGCCAUCUCAGUCUAAGCUCUGUGUCCAUCAUCUUGUUAACUGAAACAAGUGGGUGGGGGUGGGAUAGGAAUGGGAUGGGUGGGAAGGGAAAAUAGUCCUGCCAUUGCCUACCAGUAGGAAAUCCAAACAGAACACUCAUUUGAGUAGCGAGUAUUUAAUUUGCCCAGUCAAGGCACCGUAUUUAUAUACUAUUUCACAUUGAAUUUGAUUAUGCCCUACAGACCUGGCUGGUCAAGGAUUUGAUAUACACAUAUUGGCUUGGGAUUCGAGCUUUCUUUUUUAUUUAAAUAAAAAUUUAUAUAUAUAUUAUAUAUAUACAUAUAUACAUGGCUAUAUCUGUAUAUAUAUCGGGUAUGUUUUAAAGAUUUCUUCGCAUGAGCGCAGCUGUUGCAAUAAGAUGACUGAUUGGGAGGUAGAGGCACCGAUGACGGUGAGGCAUUUCUCAGUUGAUGCAUACAUUUUCCUUUUAAUUUUAAGUACACAUUUGUACAUUUGGUUUUUUGGCCUUUUUUUUUUUUUUUAAGAUAAAAUGUCUCUUACAUUUAUACUUUACUCAUUAUUUAUUGAGAUAAGGAAAGAAAUGUCUGACAGGAUUUUUAUUUUUCUGCAUAUCUAUAAAACACCACAUUAUUGGCCUCUUGCCUUCAGAAGACAGAUUUGGGUAGAUCUUAUCUCCUUUGGACAGUCAGAUAAUUCCUAAGUCUUAGAAGCAGAUGGGUUUUUGUUGUUGUUUUUGAAAUUGGAAUAACUAGGGGGAAAUCUGCAUAUUGGUUUUCUUGGAGUUAAGAAUAAAAGUAAAUUUCCAUCGUAGUGUGUCUGGAACCCCAAUGUACACUCCGCUGCGGUGCACUAGUAUCCUUUUAGGUAUAUUUUUAUUUAGGGAGAAAAUUAGUCUUUUAAAUGGUAGUAUAAGUUCCCCAAGCCCCUGUCUCUAUAGCCAAUCUGGGUUGGGUAGAAAGUGGAAGACUGUGCCUACAAUUUUACUAUUUGGUCAUUUUCCCUUACCAAUUUUUAGGUGUUUUUUUGGGGGAGGGGGGUAGCAGUAUUGUCUGUGCCCACUGGCAGGUUUAGGGAUUCAAUAAAAACUCACAAGUUAGAGGGUUUUUGUCCCUUUGACAACUCGGUGUUAUGAAGCAACAAUAAACUGAAGUCUGACUUCAUGACUCUUAAUUGCUGUUUCUGUUAAAAUCUGAAAAGCAUUGGUUUUUAUUUGUGUCUGUAGAGACAUUUAAAAAAUGAAGCCCGUCAAAUAGGAAGUAAAGCUUGUGCACAGCCACCAGCCCCACCCUUUUUAGGACAGUCUUACCAAAUAGGCCACGCUGGUUCUGAACUCACGAUCCUUCUGCUUCAGCCUUGUGAGCGCUGGGAUUUCAGGCAGAUGACACCAUGCUCACCACCAUCCACACGCAGUAUGUGUGGCUUUUCGCUGAAAUGGUUUCUUCUGAAGAUGAUUACUUUUUAUUGUGUCCAAGAAUAAGAAUCACCUCAGAUGAACAAGGACAAGUCUGGAAGGGCUACACAGCACUGCAUGCAUCUUGUUCAGAAACGAGGCCAGAGCAGUGAGUUAACGUAGUGAGUAAGGGGUGCUUUGGCUCGUUCUGUUUCCAGUGAGUCUCUGGAACGAUAAAGGAAAGGAGAAUGGGAUAUCUAGACUCAGGCUCCUGCUUAGAGUCAGAGCCUGAAUGUGACCAAAGAACCACUCCUCACUACUUCUCUAGUUAAACAGAACUUGUACCAUAGGUUUCUAGUAGUGAUGUUCAAAUGGCAUCAAUGUUCAAGACACUAUUAUUAGUAAUUACAAAUAUUCAACAACUCAGAAUGUACAAGAACUUGUUUGGCACGUACGGCAUUAAUGUGGGUCAUUCCUUCUCUCAUCUUCCUCCCCUUGUGUUUUUUCCCAUGUAUUUAUUUUGCCUAACAGCAGAAGAUGGAUACAAUUCUCCCAUGCUACUUGGAUACAUGGUCCCCUUAGACUCUCAUGAGCUUCAGUGUGGGAGCUUGAAAUUUAGUUCCUAAAUUUCUUAUGAUUGUCUUUUUUCUUUUCUUCCUGACCCCUUGCCAUUCUGCAGUUUCCCCUUGACUUACCCAAUCUGUAACAGUGACAGUUUGCUGCUUCUAAACAGAGCAUUCAAAUGAAUUCGCUUAGCCAAUGACUUCUGUGAAGUUGCCUUUUCUAAUGGCGUUAUUACUCAGUGAUGCACAGAUGUGGUAUUUGCCCUACUGGCAGGCAAGCAAAGGUCUGGCAAAGAAUGAUAACCUGCUAUUUCUUUAAGGAGCGCCAAAGACUUGUGCUUUACUCUGUUUUGGUUUUAGGGGAAAUAGUAGCCAUUUUGAUUAUGAAAUCUGGUAGUAUUUGUAAGUUGAUUGUACUGUGUAAAUGUCUAAAGUUAGCUGUUAAGGGUUAGCUGGCCUUAUAAAAUGUAAAAGGAAUGAAAAUUUAUCAGUUUCUCUAAACCAGUAAAUAUCAUCCUUGACAAUAUUUGUUUAAGCAACUCACUCUCCCUUUGGGGAUCUCUUGAUGUAAUACUAUCUUCUGUGUCUCUCUGUACUUUCACUCGUGCCUACAGGACAAUGGACUUUCACUAUGGUCAAGUCCUGGGUCUGGGGAUUCCUCCUGAGCUUGACGCUUGUGAGAAACAAUUAACUGUAGUUACUUAGUACCUGCUCGGUUUAUGUUCAGGGAUAGCUUGAUUUCACUAAAUGGGAUUCAUUUGCUAUUACUUUUAUGUACAAAUGGAGGUAGAAUGAAAUUUCACUAUAUUUUUCACUUGGGCUUUUAAAGAAUCAAGUAAAGAGUUCAAUAUGUAAAAUCUUUGUGUAAAAACCAUCUAUGAUGAUUUAUUAAAAGAUACGCCUAAUUAGUUUUCAAGAGGAGUUAAUGACCUUGCAAAUUAACUGCAGUAUUUCACAAUCACACUCUUGCACUAUAAAAGGUUGGAUAGUGUCAAAAUCUUAAUUGUUAAUAUAUGCUGAUAGUGUUGCAAAGGGAUCUCAUCCCUGAAAAUAGAACUCAGAUUGGACAACCUCACUGAGACAACAAGCUGUCAACUACUGACACCAUUUUACCUGCAUGCUUGUUUUGCAGGCAAAACACAUAAAGUCUACCUUAGGACAGCUAUGGCUUUUUUUUUUUUUUUUUAAUAGCUCAGCUUUUUACAUAUUCCUGCUGAAAUGACUUGCUGGGAGUUUUUGGUAAAUUGUGCUAACAUAUUUUUUUAGUGUUCUCAAUCAGCUUUUCUGAGCCACUUCAAAGAGCUGGUUUGGUUUUAUUUUUUCAAAAGGUAUAAGAAGUAACAUUAUUUGAAAUUUUAAGAUUCUAUUUCUGUAAUUGCUAAAAGUGUUUUUAUAAGUAACAGAUUUUAAUUGAUUAGUAAUUCUAGUUACAUUAAUAAAGAAUAGGAAACUGCCACCCCAGGAGCAAGUGACACCUUCAAGUGUUCUCAGUAAGUAGGUUUCAGUACUACACUGAAUAAGUGGGCAAAGAACCCUUGGAAUCCCAUUGUGAGAAAGGGACUUCCCUUAGCACUGGAAUUGUUCUUAGAGCCUCUGGAUUUCAGACAAACACUGAAUUUCCCUGAACUUAUCCUUGAGCAAAAUAGCCUUCAUUUUCACAGGAAAGUAAGGCAUUGUAACCCAAGGUGGAAAACUUAACUUUAAGACAAUACUGUGUCAGAAAAACGUGUAUUUAGAAAAGUGAAAUCCUGUGGAGUUUGUUGUCCUAGUGUAUAUUAUAUAGUAGAUAAGCAACUUUUCUUUUGUAUUGAAGACUCAUUCUGGUUAGUUCAUUUGUUUUUGUUUGGUGUUUUGUUUUGUUUUGUUUUUCUGUCUUUCAUGCUACAUAUGUAGACAGAGCUCACAAGUCUUUGGCUCCUGUGUUGGGUUGUACACUCAGAGUCAUCUUAUAACUGGAAACUGUCAGGUGGUCAAAGCUCCAAUGAGCAGGAAAGGUGAGGAAAGGAUGCAAGACUGUGGAUAGUGCUCUGGGGUUUGUGUUUGGUUUUGGUCUCCUUUUAACAGUUGCCAUUUUUAUAAUUUAUUGGUGUAGCCUCUCUUUGUUUGUUGGCUGGCGUUUCACAGUAUAUCCAAACCACCCCAUAAAUACAGAGACAGCCCUGAGAGACUUUUCCCCCUAACUUUCACUUAUCCUCUUAUCCUUUGUCUUCCCACCUUUCUGUUAAAAGGAAAAAAAAAAAAACUUCACCGGUCAUACGCCUCAGUACCUCUAUUGAAUCUGACUUUUCAGGAGUAAUGCAAAAAGUGAACUAGGGUUAUCAGCAAACCUUUCACCCACCUAAACGAUUUCCAGUUGUGAGGUUCCUCUUCGUGUGUGGUCUUUUCCCUUUUACCCCCUGCAACCCUUCCUUGCCUAUGGUCAAUUGGUCUCACGACUCACACCAGUCGCCUGAGACAUUCUGCACUCAUUAUCACCUUUUUGGGUGGAUUUUUCUUAGGUUUUUGUUUUGUUUUUAAAAAAUAACUUUAACAUUGAUUCAUAUUUGCUUGGGAUAGAGCUUAUGUAAUUUACCAAUCGUAUUGAUUGUAUGUGAUUGUGCCCUGCAGAGGUAUACUUAACAUGAGUAAUCUUAAGUUAGUUAAGGAGCCGUGAGAUUUGAGUCAGAAUAGAGAUAGCUUUAUGGGUAGUGUGAAUUCCCUUCUCAGAAUCAGUGCUACGGAAAAUGCCAUUUUAAAAGAUUUUCCUACAUUCCUAUAUUUUCCCAUUGCCUCAGCUCCCUAUUGUUUUCUGACAUUUUCUACCCACCUGGGUAGAAAAAUUUUAAACCACGAGGUUUUUUAAAUUGAGCUGACUUUUAAGUGAAUGGACUUUGUGAGAUUUUUACAUUUUCCAAAUGUUUCCAGUUGAGAACAAAUGAUGGGUCGGACUUCACCAGCCUGUGACCAACUCCCUACUCUCUGGCCAAUAGUCUCCUUGACAGUGAGGUUUUGUCUGAAGGCAUUAUCUUCUGAAAGUUGUUUUUGUAUAGGAGAAAAAGAACCUUGCUUGAAAUGGAACAUUCCCUUUCUUGUUUAAUCUGUUUAGUAUUUCCAUGUUUAAACAGCUUUCAGAACAAAUGAGGUGGGGAAAAAGAACUAGGAGUGUGUUUAGGGCUCCCGAACUCUGGAUCUGAAUGCGUAUAUGUACCUCUUGUUGCAUAUUCUUGAGAAGAUUAAGGCCUUCUCUCUUAAUUUUGUAUUAUUUGUGUGCAUGUUGUUUAUAUUAAAGAUGGCACAUUUUGUUAAAAUGCUAUUUCCUUUCUUACCUUGGAAACUGACUCAGCCUCUCGUUGCUCCUAAGUAGGGUUUAAGGCUCUUGUAAGUUGCAGAUAAAAGGAUUCAUUUAACAAAUAGAAGGAGGUGAUUCACCUUUUGGAUUGUAAAUAUAUGAAAGUGUCUAAAGGUCUUUAUCUGCUUUCUGUCAGCAUUUAUAUUAAAUGAUAAAUUAAUGAGGAG